AUGGAAUCUUUUCAUUUUCAAAAACAAAGUCAAAAGCCUUAUAUCGACCUGGCUGUUAAAGGUAACGACAUGGAGUCUUUUCAUUUUCAAAGUGGUAGGCCGCAUGCAAUUAAUCAAGCUAGACAAAAACUCGAAGAAAAUUUAGAGUCUAUCCAAGAGCUAUCAUAA